CGUGAGACUGUAACGUGUUAACAUGUUAAGAACAAUUGUAAUCCUGUCUCUGAUUGCUGCAGCAUCCGCGACUGUUAUAAAGAUAGACAAAUGUGAAAAUGUGCCAGAAGAUGUUUGCACGAUCAUAGAGAGCCGUAUCACGCCAUGCGUUAACGGCGACGAGUGCAGGCUGAAGAAGGGCAAGGAGCACGCAAUCUCAUUCGACUUCACGCCUAAUUUCUCUGCUGACAAGUUGAAGACUGCGGUAUACUAUGUUAAUAGAGGUGUGGACAUUCCGUUCGCUGAGCUGUGGGACGCGGACGGCUGCCAGUACACCUCGUGCCCCGUUUCGCCCGGCGUCUCCCAGCAGCUUAACUACAAGCUCAGACUCGGCAAAAAACUGCCCAGCGGUAACUUCCCCAUCAAAUGGCGCGUGUGGAAUGAAGCCAAUCCGGCGCAGGAGUGCUGCUUCCUCGCACGACUGGCUAUCAGCAAGCGAUGAACAGACCACCUACGAGAUCAAUUCUUAAAAUAAAUAUAUCUUAAUACGAUCAUUUUACCUUUACCAAGAAUCUGCACAAAAGACUUAACCGAUAUUCCAGAAACUGAUACUAAGCCAACUUUAUAUAAUU